AUGAACAUGGAUAUGUCAGUAUGCGGGACAUCUGAAAGUAUUAAUUACGAUGGUCGCGUUACGUAUGGGCAACUGCGGAAGCACACGUUCAGAGUUUUGUCCGAGGAAAGCACUCGCAAAGCACGUGUAGCAGCUCUGAGAAAAGAGCUUGCUGUGCUAGAGUCAGAUCUUGCCAGCAUCACGCCCAACACACAGGACAUGGUCGAGCAACUGGCGAGACGGGAAUGUCUGGAACUCUGCAAUCAGAUUAUGGGCAGAUUGCCUCGGGAGGUGCGCGACAUGAUUUACCUUCAUCUCAGCACGCGAGACGUCGAAAUCAUCGAGCGCGAGCAUUUUCGAACCACAUUAGACCCUUUGACGCUUUUGUACUCGUACAAUUUCGAGCGAUGGAAGAAGCAACACUUCCCAGAGCACUACUGGGAUCCAAAGUACGUGUCAAAGCCAAUGUACAAUGAGCUGGUAGAAAACUACUAUCGCACAUCUACUUUUGUCUUUAGCGACGAUUCUGGCGUCAUGAAGCGGUUCCUCACGACGGAUGAGAUGCGUAUCGGGCUGCUUCCGAAAGAUCUAGUCGCAAAUGUGGAGAUAGGCCUCAACGCCGUGUCACAUGACCGAGGAUCUUUCCGUGCGUACAUGUUCGGGGUACCAAAAAGUCCAGAGCGCAUGCGGGAGGCGGUGGAUGGGCUUUUCGAGCUCAAGGCGGGAGCUCGAGUGGUGAUCAGAUUUGUGACUGAGGCCAAGACAGAAGAGGAGAGGGACGAGCAUUGUAGGGGGGCAAUGGGGACGCUUUUUGAUGUGGCGCAGAGGGAGAAGAUGAGGAAGUACAAGGUCAAAUUUGUGGUGGAUGAUGUGGGGGUUUGGGAAGUGGGAGAGGCCAUGCGACACGAGCGGAUGGCCAUCCAUGGCUAA